GAGAUUGAGCAGCUCGGCUGAUUAAUCAGGGUUGCUAAAUUUGGAUGGGCUUUUAGGUUGGAGCAAGAGGUGAAGAGGCGGUAUGGUUGUUUUGGGCGAGAAGAGAGUGGUUGUUCGUCGGAGAGGGCGUCUUUUUGCGAAGGUUUUGCUCUUUUUCUGAGGUUUGCUGUGGUUUUGGAUCUUGUCUUGGUCCUUUAGUAACUUCUUCGAGAAAGUUCUACUGAAUCUGCAGAAUGAGGCUCUCCUCGUCCGGUUUCAAUCAUCAGGCACAGGAAGGGGAAAAGAGAUGCCUGAAUUCUGAGCUAUGGCAUGCAUGCGCGGGCCCUCUUGUUUCUUUACCCGCUGUUGGGAGCCGCGUGGUCUACUUCCCUCAGGGUCACAGCGAGCAGGUUGCUGCAUCUACCAACAAGGAGGUGGAUGCCCAUAUACCCAAUUACCCAAACUUACCGCCACAGUUGAUCUGUCAGCUUCACAAUGUAACCAUGCAUGCAGAUGUUGAUACGGAUGAGGUUUAUGCACAGAUGACCUUGCAGCCACUGAGUCCGCAAGAGCAAAAGGACACUUACCUGCCUGCAGAGUUGGGUACCCCCAGCAAACAGCCGACCAACUAUUUCUGUAAGACAUUGACUGCAAGUGACACUAGUACUCAUGGAGGAUUCUCAGUGCCUCGCCGAGCGGCAGAAAAGGUCUUUCCUCCAUUGGAUUUUUCUCUGCAGCCUCCAGCUCAAGAAUUGAUAGCAAGAGAUCUACAUGACAAUGAAUGGAAAUUCAGGCAUAUAUUUCGUGGACAGCCAAAGAGGCAUCUUCUUACAACUGGAUGGAGUGUGUUUGUAAGUGCAAAAAGACUUGUUGCUGGUGACUCCGUGCUUUUCAUCUGGAAUGAAAAGAACCAGCUGCUUUUGGGAAUCCGCCGUGCUAAUCGGCCACAAACUGUGAUGCCUUCUUCAGUGCUUUCUAGUGACAGCAUGCACAUAGGGCUUCUUGCUGCGGCGGCUCAUGCAGCUGCCACAAAUAGUCGCUUCACUAUAUUUUACAACCCAAGGGCUAGCCCAUCAGAAUUUGUCAUACCUCUGGUGAAGUACAUUAAAGCAGUGUAUCAUACUCGAGUUUCUGUUGGCAUGCGCUUCCGAAUGCUGUUUGAGACUGAAGAGUCAAGUGUCCGUCGGUAUAUGGGCACGAUUACUGGCAUAAGUGAUUUGGAUCAUGUUCGUUGGCCGAACUCACAUUGGCGUUCAGUCAAGGUUGGAUGGGAUGAAUCCACUGCAGGGGAGAGGCAGCCGAGGGUGUCCCUGUGGGAGAUUGAACCAUUAACAACAUUUCCAAUGUAUCCAUCUCCAUUCCCACUCAGACUUAAGCGGCCAUGGCCUCCAGGACUACCCUCCCUUCAUGGUAUCAAGGAUGAUGAUUUGGGCAUUAAUUUUCCACUUAUGUGGCUUCGAGGAGAUGGUGGAGACAGGGGGAAUCAAUCCCUAAAUUUUCAGGGGCUAGGGGUCUCACCUUGGAUGCAGCCAAGGCUAGAUGCUUCCAUGCUUGGUCUGCAACCUGAUAUGUACCAAGCAAUGGCUGCUGCAGCGCUUCAAGAAAUGAGAGCUGGGGACCCUUCUAAACAGACAUCUCCAUCCCUUGUGCAGUUCCAGCAACCCCAGAAUGUCUCAAACAGGUCUGCUCUGAUGAGGCAGAUGUUGCAACAGCCUCAAUCUCAGCAUGCCUUUAUUCAGAGUGUUCCAGACAAUCAGGCUCAAGUUCAGGCUCAUGCUCAGGCUCAGUUACAGGCACAGCUUAUUCAGCAACAGAUGCAGCAUCGUCAUGCGUUUAAUGAUCAACAGCAACAGCAGCAGCAGCCUGCACAGCAACAGCAACAGCAACAGCAACAGCAACAGCAACAUCAACAUCAACAUCAACAGCAACAGCAACAGCAACAGCAACAGCAACAGCAGCAGCAGCAGCAGCAGCGGCAGCAGCAAUUGUCUGAUGGACAACAUAUCCCUAAUGUUGUCUGUGCACUGUCUCAGCUUGCGUCGUCAUCUCAAUCUCAACCUACAUCUCUACAGACCAUCUCUUCUUUGUGUGAGCAGCCUCACUUUUUGGAUUCCAAUGGGAACCCUGUUACAACUUCUAGUGUUUCUCCCCUCCACAGUCUUUUGGGCUCAUUUUCUCAAGAAGAAACAUCUCACCUGCUUAAUUUUCCAAGAACCAACCCUCUUAUGCCGUCUGUUGCGUGGUUGCCCAAGCGAGUUGCAGUAGAACCUCUUCUCCCUUCUGGAGCAGCUCAAUGUGUUCUUCCCCAGGUUGAACAGAUUUGUCGACCACCGCAAACUAAUGGUUCUCAAAAUUCAGUCUCAUUGCCACCUUUUCCUGGUAGAGAAUGUGCAGUAGACCAAGAAAGCGGUACAGAUCCCCAAAGCCAUCUUCUGUUUGGAGUCAAUAUUGAUUCCUCUUCUCUUCUAAUGCAAAAUGGGAUGUCAAACCUUAGAGGUAUUGGUAGUGAAAGUGAUUCAACAACGGUGCCAUUUGCUGCUGCUAAUUUUAUGAGUGCCACAAACACUGAUUUUCCGCUUAGUUCGGCCAUGACAACUUCCAGUUGCUUAGAUGACUCGAGUUUUCUGCAGUCCCCGGAAAACGUGGGCCAAGUGAAUCCUCCGACUAGAACCUUUGUUAAGGUUCACAAAUCAGGGUCCUUCGGUAGGUCACUGGACAUCACCAGGUUCAGCAGCUACCAUGAGCUGCGAAGUGAGCUUGCUCGCAUGUUCGGCCUUGAAGGCCAGUUGGAAGACCCUCUGAGAUCAGGCUGGCAGCUUGUAUUUGUCGAUCGGGAGAAUGAUGUUCUUCUCCUCGGUGAUGACCCUUGGCAGGAAUUUGUGAACAAUGUAUGGUGUAUAAAGAUACUCUCGCCUCAGGAAGUGCAGUUGAUGGGCCAACAGGGUAGAGAGCUUCUGAACUCGGUUCCAAUCCAGAGGCUUUCCAGUAGCAGUUGUGAUGACUAUGUCAGCCGGCAGGACUCUAGAAACCUGAGCAGUGGGAUUACAUCCGUGGGGUCUAUUGAUUACUGAUGAACUCAGAAAAGAAAUCAGAAAGAGGUCUGCAAAUUUUAUCAGUUUUUGUCAUUGUCUUGUUCUCUGUACUAUUAGCUCUCUCUCAGCCUUCCCUAUGAGUGGGCAUGUUAGGAGUAAGUCCCCUUAAUGCUUAUAUAUGAACUACUUUCUGUAAUUAUUACAUUCAACCCAACUUUCCACGUAUAUCAUUAAAAUAUGUUCAACACAUAUUUGUUAGUAACUGAUGUUUAUGAAAUUUAGCUAUUAGCAUGGUUA